AGGACCGGUGGUAUAAGAAGCACGGUAUAUAAAUCUCACGACGGAUUCGGUUAAUCCAACUUUGGUUCAACGAUGAUCGCGAAGAUGAGAUCCGUUCUGUGCAUUCUGGCCGGCUGCUUCUUACUGGCGCAGGCUGUGCAAAUUCCAAGCCAGGUCACCGACAAGUCGCACCUCGUCCAGCAGAAGAUCAUCUACGAGCUCUUCUGGCAUGUCGACCAACCCACCAUCUUCUUCCCAGAACUCAUCCAGAAAUCGCGACGCUUUAACGUCGCCGACAACAUCGACAAGUUCACGGACAAGGAAGCAAUCACCGAGUUCUUGGACCUUCUGAAACAUGGAAUCCUGCCACGCGGACAAGUGUUCUCGAUCUCGAACCCUGAGAUGCGACACCAAGCUAUGGUGCUCUUCCGAGUCCUCCACAGCGCGAAGAACUUCGACGCCUUCUACAACACGGCUGUCUGGGCCAGAUUCAACGUGAACGAGAUGAUGUUCACUUACAGUUUAAGCGUGGCUGUCAUGCAUCGUCCUGACACCAAGCACUUCAAGCUGCCACCGUUGUACGAACUGUUGCCCAACAUGUUCUUCAACGACGACGUCAUGCAGAAGGCUUACAACAUCGCUAUGGGCGACGUAGCGAUGGGUGUCACGAAGACGGUGGAGGGUGUCAACCACUACGUACUACCAGCAAACUACAGUGGCUGGUAUGUGACGAGGAAAGACGUACCCGAAUUGAAAAUGAGCUACUUCACCGAGGACGUAGAGCUGAACAGCUUUUACUUCUUGAUAAACCAGGUCUUCCCUCGCUUCAUGCCAAGCAAGAUGUACAACCUACCGGGCCAAGCUCGCGGUGAAUACUACUUCUUCGUGCACAAACAAUUAUUGUGCAGAUACCACUUGGAGAGACUUGCAAACGACUUGGGCGAGAUCGACUACGUGAGCGUGGACAGGCCAAUUGAAAGUGGAUUCUACCCCACGAUGCAUCAUCGCAAUGGACUUCCCCUCCCACACAGGGAAUCGAACUCAGUCGUGCCUCUUCAUAAGUACAGAUUGAUUCAGAUGGUCAAGGAUCUCCACAACAGAAUCUCAACCGCCAUCGAUCUUGGUUACGUCGUGGACUCCAAGGGCCACCACAUCGACAUCUACUCAGAAAACGGACUGAACAUCCUGGGUAAUAUCAUAGAAGGUAACGCGGACAGCAUCAACCCGAGAUUAUACGGAGACCUGGACCUCGUCGCCAGGAAAAUUUUAGGAUUCGGUUUGGAAUCCAACGUGAAAUACCAGAUAGUGCCUAGCGCCCUCGAAUACUUCACCACUAGCUUGAGGGACCCUGUCUUCUACAGCAUGUACAAGAACAUCCUCACUUACUACCUCAGAUACAAGGAGAACAUUCCAAAGUACACCAAGGAAGAUUUGCUGUUCUCCGGCGUGGAGAUCCAAUCCGUGACCGUGGACAAGCUGGUGACGUACUUCGAUCACUUCGAUUCGAUGCUGAACAACGGCGUGUCGAUCCACAACCACAAGGAAGCCAUGAACACUCUCAUCAUGGCUCGCCAGCACCGUCUGAACCACAAACCAUUCACCUACCACAUCGCCGUCAACAGCGACAAGAGCACCAAAGCGAUGGUGCGCAUCUUCCUGGGACCCAAACACGACGUCUAUGGACACGAGCUUGACCUCACGAAGAACUACAUGACCUUCCUCGAGAUGGACCAAUUCGUCGUCGACCUGAAAGUUGGAACGAACAACAUCGACAGAAGCAGCCACGAGUCUCUGUACGUGAUGCCGGACGAGGUUUCCAGCACCACGUUGUACAAGAAGAUCCUGGCUAGCAUCGACAGCGCAGACCCCUUCAGCUACUCCACGCAGACCACCGGAUUCCCCGACAGGCUCAUCCUGCCCAAGGGUAAGAAGGAGGGCAUGACCUACAAGCUCUUCGUGAUGGUCUCGCCGAUCGAGGAGAAGAAAUUCACGCACAUCGUGCUGCCCGCCUGGGGUCGUCAGCCCUACGACGGACGCUCCAUGGGAUUCCCCUUGGACCGACCGGUCGACCCGUUGCACUUCGCCGUUCCCAACAUGAUGUUGAACGACGUGGUUAUCUACCACAAGGAAAUAGAGGAGCUGAACGUUCCCGGGAUGAUGGGGUAUAAGAAUGACCGCGUUGCGACCAGCCUCGCUUUGAGAUCCAGUUUGCCACCGGGAUACAAGAUGCUGAGGCUGUGGCUGUUAGGGCUGCUGGCCGUUCCGUUCGUCCAGGCGUCGUACUUCGACACAAGAACAGCCGACACCGCCUUCCUUCUCAAGCAGAAGAAAGUUUACAAUCUUCUCUACCAUGUCAGCCAGCCUAUGGUGGUGAAUCGGGACCUGUACGAGGAGGGCCAAGCAUGGAGCAUCGAGGCGAACGCCAAUUCCUACGGGAACUAUGCCGCGAUGAAGUUCCUUUCGGUGUACAAGAGUGGAAUGCUUGGCCGCGGUGAGAUGUUCUCGGUUUACUACCCAAAGUUGCAGAAGGAAAUGGCGGCUCUGUUCGACCUCUUCUACUACGCGAACGACUUCGAAGUGUUCUACAAAACAGCCCUGUGGGCUAGGGCUAACGUGAACGAGGGCCAAUUCACCUUUGCCCUUUACAACGCGGUGAUGAAGAGGCCGGACACCAAGUACAUCCAACUUCCACCGCCCUACGAACUAUAUCCAUACUACUUCUUCAACUCCGAAGUGCUCAACAAGGUCCAUCAUCCCAAGGCAUCAACGACCACGGUUGACAAACGCUUAAUUUCAGUUUCGGAUUCUCCAAACAACAUAACGUACAUAAUCAACGCGAACUACUCCGGCUGGUACUUCAAUCGCGAGUACUACAUGGAGAACAAAUUGAACUACUUCGUGGAGGACAUAGGCCUAAACUCGUAUUACUUCUUCUUCCGGCAAGAGUACCCGUUCUGGCAGGAAUCCAAGGAAUAUGGCUUCCCGGCUUACCGCGGUGAAGAAUAUUUAUACUGUCAUAAGCUACUGCUGAACAGAUACAAUCUAGAAAGAUUAGCCAACGAUCUGCCCAAGAUCGAAGACUUCAAUUGGAACAAACCCUUCUACCCCGGCUAUUAUCCGACGAUGACCUUCAACAAUGGAUUACCAUUCCCUCAGAGACCCAGCUGGAGCACUUACCCGUAUUACAAAUACAAGUAUAUCAAGGAUGUCAGUGACAUGGAGUCUAGAUUAACUGCAGCGAUCGAUUCCGGCUUUGUACUGGGCAGCACCGGCAAAUGGCACAACAUUUACACUCCUGAGGGCCUGAGCAUGCUCGGGAACAUGCUCGAGGGUAACGCGGACUCCUGCAACAGAGAGUUUUAUGGCAGCAUCGACGCCCUUGGCAGGAAGAUCCUAGGGUUCAACUUGGAGUCUAUGACCAACUAUCAAAUACUUCCUAGUGCUUUGGAGACUUACUCCUCUUCUUUGAGGGACCCCGCCUUCUACCGUCUGUACAAGAGGAUUCUCGAUUACUAUCGCAGAUUCAAAAUGCGCGAGAAGCCAUACACGAUGGAAGAAGUUAUUUUCCCGAAUCUGAACAUCCAAUCCUUCGCUGUUGACAAGCUGAUAACGUAUUUCGAUGAAUUCGACGCGACCAUUAGCAACGGUUUAAUGGUCAGAGACGACACAGAGGCUGAGACACUCUACAUCAAAAUCAGGCAAUAUCGUUUGAAUCACAAACCGUUCAACUUCCACAUCGCGGUGAACGCGGACAAACCGAUGAAGGCAGCCAUUAGGAUCUUCCUUGGCCCAGCAAGUACCUCCCAUCACAAGUUAAUUGACCUGCAAGAUAGUCUGGAAUACUUCUACGAAAUGGACAACUGGAUCGUCGAUCUGAACGCUGGAUUAAAUAAAAUCACACGCAGCAGCAAAGACUGUUACUUCCUGUGGCCCGAUCAAGAACCCAGUGAAUUGUUCUACCAAAAGGUGAUGAGAUCACUGAACACCAGCGAGCCAUUCACAUACAACGAACGAAUCUCGGGAUUCCCAGAAAGGUUGCUGUUACCAAAAGGCAAGAAAGAAGGAAUGCCUUUCCAAUUCUUCCUGUACAUCAAUCCAGUCUCCAAGGAAGAACCGUUCUAUUCCAGAAUAUGGGGCAACUAUGUGUUCGAUGGCAACUCUUAUGGUUUCCCUCUGGAUAAGCCUUACUAUGAUUUCGUGUUCAAGGGACCCAACAUGAUGUUCAAAAAAGUUUUCAUUUAUCACAAGGACGACUACGACAUGAAUAUUACUUAUUGAUUACGUUUAUUUCGUUUGUACCCUUCGCAUUUACUUUUGUAAUAAUAUACUUCUUAUAAUAAACGUUACUUUGUCUUUCUACCA